UUUGCAAGGUGAAUGGCUGUCGUCAUUACACAUCCUGCUACCCACAAUCCCGCAAAGAACACUUCCACCUCGAAUCACUGAAACUUAAACUUUCCCCUGGCUGCAAAUUCUGAUACUUUCGCUUCCACACACCCCCCCUCUCUCCCUCUCCCGUACUGCCUCUCACAGACACACACACACACACACACAGAGGCUGCGUGAAGAAAGAACGGAAGAAAUGGCAACGCUGCGGUCUGUUGCUUUCUGUACAGCAAUUUCUCACCACCCUCGCUCUCUUGCAGGCUUGCCUUCUGGAGCCAUUCAUAUUUUACGUUCCCCAUUCAAUGGUAAACCUUUGCGCAUACCUCAUUCACGUUUCGCCGCCCCAAGAAAACAGUGUCAGUCAUCUAGACUCACAAUAAUGAUGAUGGCAAAACCCACGAUUCAGUUCAUACAAGGAACUGAUGAACAGACAAUACCUGACGUGAAGCUAACGAAAUCAAGGGAUGGCACAAAUGGUGUGGCCAUAUUCAGAUUUGACGAACCGUCAGUUUUUGACUCCUCUAGUGAGGUUGGUGAUAUAACCGGAUUCUACAUGAUUGAUGAAGAAGGGGUCCUUCAGUCAGUUGAUGUUAAUGCUAAAUUUGUUAACGGGAAGCCUGCAGCUAUUGAAGCUAAGUAUAUCAUGCGGACACCAAGAGAUUGGGACAGGUUCAUGAGAUUCAUGGAGCGAUACGCUAAUGCUAACGGACUACAAUUCAUCAAAAAAUGAAGCAAUGGCACAUUCUUUCCUCCUCUCUGUUUCUCUUCAAGUUUGUCUGGCACGUUGGUUUUCUGCAGUUAGGUUGAUUGAAAUUGGAAAAUUUGUGUUUUCCAUAGUAUUUCAAGCAAAUAGCUCUCAAAUGAGAUUUGCAUGCAAGUCGAGACAAUAGUGCUUGUGUUUCACGUGCUUCUCUUGCAGUUAUUUGUUUUAUAUAAGAACUAAGAGAAAGUAAACAGGUGAUGGAUCAAAAAAAGAGAAUGGAAUCAAAUAUUGCGAUCAUUUUUGUCUUGUA